CAUUUUUAAAUGGUCAUUUGGAUAAUUCCUUGUUCUUUUAACCAUUUUGUCAGCCCCAAAUGAUUUAAGAUAAGGUGCCAUUAGUAUACACACACAGAGAGUGGGCAUGGGAAGUACAAAUUUGGAAUUCAACAAGUUAGAAAUGUAUGAAUUUGGCCCUAUUGAAGAAGAUGAUGGUUUCCAAAUUGGUUUAUUGAUAGGGCAAAAAUUCUCCAAAUUGAUACAAAGCAGGUUAUCUACUGACCUUAUUCUUCAAAAUCAACUCCUCCCUUUUGCUCAACUCCCAAAUUCCCAGACACUCAUACAUACUCUCUUUGAAACAAACAAGAACAAGUUUCCCAAUUACUGGAAUGAACUCAAAGGAAUUGCUCAAGGAAGUGGUGUCCCCUUUCUCAAUAUUUUACUAUUGAACUUUAGGAAAGAAAUAUUGCCUUUCAUUCCAAAGACAGAGGAAUAUCCCAAGGAGGAAGACAUUAAUGAUGAUUGUUCAGAUAUUCUUGUUGUAAGUAAUUCCAUGGCUGUGGCAGUUCAUAAUGAGGAUGCAAAUGUUGCUCUUGUUGGACACACUUAUUUGGUUAAGGUGACAUUGUCUAGUGGAACAACAUUCACUGCUUACACAUAUGCUGGAGAACUUCCAAGUUGUGCCUUUGGAUUUAAUAAUCAUGGAGUGGCUUUCACUUUGAACUCAGUACCACCAUGUGAGGAAGAGAUAGCAGGUGGUGCCAUUGGCAGAAAUUUUGUGUCCAGAGACAUUCUUGAAGCAAGUAGCAUUGAGGAUGCUCUGGCUAGGAUUCAUUCAUCAGAAGUUUCAGUAGGGCAUAGCUAUAAUUUGAUUGACACAAGGACUCGGAGAAUUUUGAACGUUGAAACUGCAUCAAGAAAUCGAAUUUCUGUUCGUGAAAUCGGAGAAACUCCAUUCUUCCAUGCCAACAUGUAUCUGCAUCUUCAAGUAAAGCAGGCACAAGAUGAGAGCUCCUUGAGCAGGCAAACAAGAGCAUCUUCUUUAGCAAAGGAAUCAAAAAGUGAUUUCUUAGCACUUGUUGGUGACAUGAACAAUGAGAAGCAUCCUAUUUACAUGACAGGUCCAUUAUUGUACACACUUUGCACAGCUGUGAUAGAUUUGGAUGAGAAAAUUCUAACAAUUAUAGAAGGGAAUCCAAAGGAAAAACAAGAAUCCUAUGUCUUCUCAUUGUCCUAAAACAAGGAGAAGAUUUUGUUACCAUAUAAAUUAUUCCUUCAUAUUGAAGGGAACUUUUGACUUUU